UCAUUCCAAGAGAGAGAGAGAUUGGGUACCCUACUUUUUGAGUUUCAUAAUUGUGGGGUUCUCUUUUGCUGGAGUUAUAAUUAAACGCAGAUUACACAGGGUCUAACAUUAUUUCGCCUUAGUAUGGGGUAUAUGUAAAUCGCUAGCCGGUGUGCGUAAACACGCACAUCAAAUGUGAAAUUUGACAUUUCGCUCAUUUUAGUCGAAGUAAACGUUGACUUCUGUGCUGCUUACGAACAGAAAUGCUGGUGAAAAUUCAACUCCAGCUAGCUGCCACACCGACGUAGAUUUGAAAGAGGCUCUAUACCGCCCCUUGUAUACGAAAGCAAAGAGGGAAUGGUCGGGUUGUCCACAAAGCCCCUGGCCCAUAUCACGUUUCACGUUUUACAAAAUGUACCUUUUUAUUUACCGAAGAAGCAUUGAUUCUACGAUUGGGACGUCUACGAUUGGGAAAGAAAGAAGGAUUUGCCAAAUGACUUAAAUCGGCGUUUUAUAUGUUUUUCCGCUGUUGAGAAGGCGGAGGCUGUUGGCGAGGCCUAGUUUUAGGAAGUGCCUUAUUUGUGUGUGCCUGGAGAAGGAUACGCCUCUUCAAAAUAACCAGCGAUUGUAUAACCCCGGAGUGUAGCCUAGAUUGUAGUCGGCCUUCUAAAUUUAUUGGACUCUUGUUUUUCUUCUCUACAGCUAGCUAGAGUCCGGAUCGGAACAUGGAGACGGGGAUCCAGCACCGUACGGAGCAAUUUGUCCACGACAUUUCCAGCCCUGGCGCAGCGGGUCUGUGUCCAGAAAUGCUUGAAGUGGCGGAAGAGGCCAGUCGGGCUGGGGAUUUCGAUCUCGCCGCAGAAAUCUACGGGUCUCAAUUAGCGGACCUCGCGCAACCCGACCGGGGACUUUGUCUGCGGCGAGCAGAUGCCUUGGCUCGCUGCGGCCGGAUCGCCGAGGCACUGGACUCCUAUUGCACGGCCGCUAGUCUCAACAGGCUACGGUCGGAAGAACUAGGAGUUUUAGUGGAAAGCAUCGCGAGGAGCCUGCGGGAGAAAAACGAGUCAUUAAAAAGUGCAGAUAACAAACUCGGCUGCAAACCGAGCGGAGACGGGGGAAGCGAGGGUCGAGGAGACGCGCUGGAAGAGGAGAGAUCCAUGGACCUGUUUUCGUGUCGGCUGUGCAAGGCCCUGCUGUCCGAACCCACGACCUUAGAGUGCGGGCACACCUUCUGCAAACGAUGCCUGGACGACGAUAGCGUCAACGAAUGUAAAAUGUGCAAAUAUAAGCUGAACAAAAAGAACGGAAUAGUGCAGCCCAUGGGCCUUCGAGUGAAUGUGAUCCUUAGUAGCUUGUUGGAAAAGUGGUUCGACUCGGAAAGCAAAGCCAGGCGGUGCUGGCUUGAGGGGGAGAGUUUGUGGAAGCAGAAGGAUUACACGGAAGCGUUGGAGAAAUACAACAAAGCCGUGGAACUAACCCCUGCAGACUCCGAGCUCAUUGGUCAGAGAGCCAGGCUACUGAUGGACAUGGAGAGCUUCAGCCAGGCAGCUCAGGAUGCCGAGGGCUUGUGCCGGCUCAUGCCGCUGUGUCCCCAGGCUCACUGUGUGAGGGCUGCCGUGUUGGGUAAGCUCGGGCGGAAGGAGGAGGCUCUGCAGGAGUACUUCCUGUGUCUGGCGCUGAACCCCGGCGGGGUAGUGGCUCGACAAGAGGCGCAGAAGAUUUUGAGUGAGGUCUUCUCCUCGGUGUUUGAGAGGGACAGCCUGCCCGCCCCCCUGCGCCCCCCCCCGGGCGCGGCCUGCUUCAAGCCCCCGGCCCUCCUGGGCCCGCAGUUCAGCGAGGGCCCCCUGCCCGGGUCCUCCCAGGACCCAGCCUGGAGGCUGGCGAAGACCCUGGCGUGCGAGUCCCUGACCCCCCCCCCUCACGACCCACUCAAGCCCAAAACCCUGAGCGCCACCCUGUCCCACCUGCCCACACACCCCCCCAGCCUGAAGAGGAAGUGCCCCAGUGAUGUCACUGCGUUCAGCCCGCCAACUAAGCUCCUAAAGCCAGAUGGGGACAGUUCCUCUCAGUGUGGGGGGGGGCGGCAAGUGCCCCCCCAGCUGCUGGACAGCGCAGACAUGGAGUGUUCCCUGUGCAUGAGGCUGUUCUAUGACCCCGUGGCCACGCCCUGCGGACACACCUUCUGCCUCAAGUGUCUGGAACGCUGCCUGGACCACAACCCUACCUGCCCCCUCUGCAAGGAGAACCUGUGUGAGUACUUGGCCACCAGGGGGUAUAAUAAGACGCUGCUGCUGGAGGAGGUGCUCGUGCGGUACCUGGCUGACGAGCUCGCCGAGAGGAAGCAGGUCCAGGAGGACGAGCUCCGAGAGCUGUCCAACUUGACCCAGGAAGUACCCAUCUUCGUUUGCACCAUGGCGUUUCCCACAAUCCCCUGCCCUCUGCAUGUGUUUGAGCCGCGGUACCGGCUGAUGAUCCGCCGCUCCAUGGAGACGGGAACCAAACGGUUUGGCAUGUGCAUCGCUGACGAGCUGAAGGGGUUUGCGGAUUUCGGCUGCAUGCUGGAGGUGCGGGAUGUGAAGUUUUUCCCGGACGGGCGUUCGGUGGUGGACACCAUCGGCGUGUCCCGCUUCAGAGUGCUGAGUCACGGGCAGAGAGACGGAUACAACACUGCCAACAUCGAGUACCUGGAGGACCGCAAGGUGGACGGUGAGGAGUUGGGAGAGCUGUUGAAACUCCAUGACUCGGUGUAUGAACAGGCCUCGGCCUGGUUCUCCUGUCUGAAGGAAAACCUGAAGAGCCAGAUCCUCAGCCACUUUGGCAGCCUGCCCCAGAAAGACCCCUGUCCUCAGGGCAGUCCUGCUGGGCCGGCCUGGUGCUGGUGGCUGUUGGCGGUUUUGCCACUGGAGAGCCGUGCCCAGCUCACCAUCCUGUCCAUGACCUCCCUGAGGGAGCGUCUCGUGGCCAUCCGGCGCGUCCUCAUCUUCGUUACCUGCAAACGGUCGCCGCGGUGACCACACUGCGUCGCCAUGGCUACCAGCCAGCCGGGGGGCGGUGCUCGACUGGAGGGGCGGCCUCUGUGCUUCCCCUUUUUUUAAAUCAUUCAUUCUGUUUUUUUUCCCCCUCUGAAGUGUGGCGUCCCCUGUGAUUGGCCAGUGUGGGAGUCAGUGGCUCCCCUGUGAUUGGCCAGUGUGGGAGUCAGUGGCUCCCCUGUGAUUGGCCAGUGUGGGAGUCAGUGGCUCCCCUGUGAUUGGCCAGUGUGGGAGUCAGUGGCUCCCCUGUGAUUGGCCAGUGUGGGAGUCAAUGGCUCCCCUGUGAUUGGCCAGUGUGGGAGUCAAUGGCUCCCCUGUGAUUGGCCAGAGUGAGAGUCAGUGGGUCCCCCCCACCCCCCACCCCCCCCGAGAGCGGUAGCCCCCUGUGCAGUUGCUUCACGGUGCGACUGAUCCCCUAACCCUGACCCCCCUAACCCCCCCUAACCCAUUUACUGCAAAGACUGCAGAACAGCCAAUAAACAAGUAAAUCCGGGGAAAACCCUGGUGUCUGUUGGUGCUGGCUGCUGCUCUGCCCCAUGGGAUAUGUGAGGGGCCCAGUCCUCCAGCCUGUCAGUAUCUGUUAUUCCGAGUGUGUAUUCUCUGACUGUUGCACAGAGCUAGUGCCGGCACAGAAGGGACUCCAAUGGCAUGGUGGUUAGAUUGAACCUCCCGCUUGGAGGCUCAGUGAUGCUGGGACUGAUCCCCCUGUCCUGUGCAUUUUGCUCCUUCAUUUCUGUGCUUCACUCAGAUGGACUUGGAUAGAGUUUGAUGCCAGGUCAAAGGUUGUUUCUCUAGAGCUGGAGAGCUCAGCCCUGGGCCUGGAGAAGUUCAAACCAAAAACUGGUUUUGACCCACAAAGCCAGAAAUGAGUGUGCUGCAUAAUUAAAUUAAGUGCCGAGUGGCGUGGAAAACCACUAGAUCCUGUUUCUUUCCAGGACCUGGGCUGGGGGGCCCCAAACUGUGGCUCUGUGGGACUGGGGCUGGGGGCCCCAAACUGUGGCUCUGUGGGACCGGGGCUGGGGGCCCCAAACUGUGGCUCUGUGGGACUGGGGCUGGGGGGCCCCAAACUGUGGCUCUGUGGGACCGGGGCUGGGGGCCCCAAACUGUGGCUCUGUGGGACCGGGGCUGGGGGCCCCAAACUGUGGCUCUGUGGGACCGGGGCUGGGGGCCCCAAACUGUGGCUCUGUGGGACCGGGGCUGGGGGCCCCAAACUGUGGCUCUGUGGGACCGGGGCUGGGGGCCCCAAACUGUGGCUCUGUGGGACCGGGGCUGGGGGCCCCAAACUGUGGCUCUGUGGGACCGGGGCUGGGGGCCCCAAACUGUGGCUCUGUGGGACCGGGGCUGGGGGCCCUUGUGCUUGAAGUAAACUGAACCUCUACUCCUCAGAAUGUGAGGCUGCUGCUGCUGCCCGUGUUAGCCGUCAGGCUUGCGGAGGGCAACUGGUAAGUUGCUAUGGCAACUUACGCCAGACUCUUACCUCUUAUAACAAACAACAAAAAAAACUUGUAGGUCCGAUUGGCUCCUAGCACGAAGCCGUCCAAUUGGCUCCUAGCACGAAGCCAUUCGAGUGGCCUCCUAGCAUGAAGCCGUUCGAGUGGCCUCCUAGCAUGAAGCCGUCCGAUUGGCUCCUAGCAUGAAGCCUCUUUCACCACUGUGAACACUCAUCCGGGUGAAAUGAGUCCAUUUCCUUCUUGCCUCAUUUUUGUUUCUGAAAAUUCUUCCAAAACGGCUCCAUUGCAGUUGGCGCUAAAACCGUCUCAGGUGAAAGUCGACUCUUCACAUUAUGGGACAUUUCAUCAACAUCACAUUAUGGUAUAGAUGGUAUUUGAGUUGAGUUGGAUAUGUAUUCAAUCAAUAGUUUCAGGUAAGGGUUGAACAGUUUUUUUUGUUUUUUUUGUUCUGUAUGUUUAUUGAUUCUGUGUAUUUUUAUGGUUGUCUGAAGCAAUUUUUUUCCCCUCCCCCCAAGGAUCAAUGUACAAUUGAGGCCUUUAAACUGUAAAUAGUAUCCUUUUUUUCUAUUGUGAUUUAAUGUUUUCUUUUGUCUGUGAUCUGUACCGUUUGUGUAAUGUCUCUGAUUACCACGUCCAAUUUAGGGCCAUCUGACAGAAAAAUGCUGCAUUCUCAUUAUUUACAUUUGUACUGUAAAAGAUUAUAUUUAACUUAUUUUCUAUUUGAAAUAAAAAGCCUGAAAAUAA